AUGAGCUCAAUUAAGGAAGAUGUCUCCCAUAUUUCGCAUGGCGAGGAGGGAGUCAUGAAAAAACUCGACACCGCGCACGGCGAUGAGGCAAUCAGGGUUCUAGCCGCAUACGAUGGCGAUCAGACCUGGACUCCAGAGGAGGAGAAGAAGCUAUGCAGAAAAAUCGACCUCAAGCUACUCCCUGUUCUGUGCGUCACCUAUGCAUUUCUUUAUGCUGACAAGGUCUUGCUUGGACAAGCGGCUCUUUUUGGAAUCAAGGAUGAUCUGGGCUUGAGCACUGGAAAUCGCUUCUCCAUGGCUUCAUCCAUCUUCUACCUUGGAUUUAUCUUAGGGGCUUAUCCAGUCACUGUCCUAGCCCAGAUGUUCCCCAUCGAACGCGUUGCUUCUCUUGCCAUCAUAGUUUGGGGAACCACUCUGAUCGUUACGCCCGCUUGUACGAACUUCCACGGAUUAUACGCGCAAAGAUUCUUUCUUGGCUUCACUGAGGCUGGCAUCAGUCCGAUUUUCAUGAUGAUCGUCGGUGGAUGGUACAAAAAGGAUGAACAAUCCCUGAGAAUGGGUGCCUGGUACUCAUGCACGGGUUACGUGUCUAUUUUUUCGCCUCUUGUUAACUACGGACUUGGGCACCUCGAAGGAAGGUUAUCCCCGUGGUUCUAUAUGUACUUUUUUGCUGGGGCUCUCACCAUCAUCUGUGGUGUCGUGGUUUACUUCGUCCUCCCACCUGAUCCCAUCCGAGCCAAGGGUUUCAACGACAGAGAGCGCUUCAUUGCUGUAUCGCGCAUGAAAACAAACAACUCCGGAGUCAGAAACACUCAUUUCAAGGGUAGUCAAGCCAUUGAGCUCUUGACCGAUAUCAAGUUUUGGCUCAUUUUCUUCUACGCUGUAUGCAGCAUGUUCGCGAAUGCCCCGAUCUCCACUUUCCAAGCUAUUAUCAUUGAUGGAUUUGGCUUCAACCCACUCAACUCAUUGCUUCUCAUGAUGCCUUCCGGCUUUUACGCUGGUACCAUGAUGUUGAUCAUGACAUACCUGGCUUACAAAUUCCCCGGUUGGCGUUCAUAUCUCAUCAUCAUCUCCCAGGUGGUUACGAUGGUUGCCUCCCUUCUGCUCUGGCUGCUGCCUCGGGAGGAACUUGGAGGACUCCUUUUCGCCUGCUAUAUCCUGACGACGACCGGCGCUGGGUACGCAGUAUCAAUGGGCCUUUUCCUUGCGAACAAUGCUGGCUAUACCAAGCGAUCGCUCGCUUCCUCGGGAUUGUACAUUGGAUACUCUCUUGGCAAUUUUGCAGGGCCUCAGGUCUUCCGAACCCAAGAUUCCCCUCAUUAUAAUCUGGGAUUCAUCGUGGUGCUUAUCACUGCCAUCGUUGCGGGUCUCUUUGUGUUCGUAUACCGCAUACUUUGCUCAAUGGAGAACCGUCGCCGUGAUAAGAUGGGAACUGUGGAAGGCUUCGAACAUGCCUAUGAAGACGAUUUGACUGAUAAGAUGAAUAUGCAAUUCCGGUAUUCACUGUGA